GACGUUGGAGGAGGAGGACGUGCCGCGCUCUCUCCCCUUCCCUGUAGUGUUUUUAUUUUUUUUAGUUCCCUAAAAGAGGGUGGUUGAAACACCCUGUCUCUCCUUGCGUGUGGGUCGCCGCCCCAGCAACACAGUGUCGGACUCUGGGUGUUGCUAGUGUAGUCUAAUGGAGACUUUACCAGGGUGUGACUCGACCCUGAGCCACAGACCAGAUAAUAUGGUAUAGAAAACGGACUGAGGACUCGUGUGAAACUAAACUAUAUUUUCUGUAAACAUAUUUUAGUUUGACUUUGGAGCUAAUUGAGAGAAAAAAUAUUGUUUUUAGUUGAAAUUGUUAAAAGAAGAUGAAGAUAUAUUUAUUGUGAGAGAUUUUAUUGUUAUUGAGAGAAUAUAAACUUUAUGAAGAGGAUUUUGUUGAAGAUUUUGAAAAAAACAUUGACCUUGAUACCUUGUGAAAUUUUACUUAACUAUCAUACACAAACAUAAGGAUAAAAUAUAUGUUAAACUGAACUUAACAUUCUUCUUGAGCUAAUUCCAUCGUUAACAUUGAGAUAAAUUACUGUUAAAUUGAAAUUAAAAAAAAGUUUAAUUUCCUGUUGAACUGAAGUUAACAUUAAUUUAAUUUCUUACUGAACUAAAAUUAAUUUUGAUUUAAUUACAUGUUUCGCUGAUCAUUAACAUUGACACUAAUAUAAUUUCCUGUUUAAACUGAAGUUAUACCACUGAUAUGAAGUAAAUAUUACUUGAACUAAAGUCAAAACUCACCUGAGGUAAUUUCAUGUUAAAACUGAAGUUAACAUUGAAGUGAGCUCAGUACAUCACCUUGAAGUGAGCCAAAUACAUCACCUUGAAGUGAGCCUAGUACAUCACACUGAAGUGAGCCGAGUACAUCACACUGAAGUGAGCCGAGUACAUCACACUGAAGUGAGCCGAGUACAUCACACUGAAGUGAGCCGAGUACAUCACUCUGAAGUGAGCCGAGUACAUCAAAGGUGACCAGCUCAAGAUGGAUGUCGCCUAACUCAUACAACGAACGACUCGCUGCAACGAACCAGCACCAACUUCGACCUAACCAUCAACAUGACUACUCUCGUCGCCUAGGUGAGUGUGGCGCCACAUCAGGGUAGCGGCUGAUGAGGGAACUACCGUAGCAUCCCGUUGUGAGAGGAGCGGCAGGCAGGGGUGGUGGGUGCUGGGAGGCUAUUGAACUCUAGUAAAGGUUAACAGGCCGCGCUGUGUACGGGAUGGCAGGUGAUGGCUGGACGCGGGACCACCAUGACGUCAUCGCGGGAGUGCGCAUGCGCCGUUGUGUCUCGCUCCUGCCUCAGCUGGUGUUCCUCUCCCUCCUCACCCUCCUCCUCCUGCCCCUCGCUCAGGCUCAUGAUGGUCCCUCUCAUGAAGACUGGCUGCUGUUUAGCGAUGAGUCAGGGCUGGACGGGGACAGCGACACCUACCCGACAAAGGAACCAAAGUGUGACCGGAAAAUCGUGAGUAGCGAGAAUGGUCAAGGGGAGGGAGAGUUCGAGGCGCCGGAAUUACUUAACCCUGAAGGUCACAGCCGCCAGUGUAUCUACACCUUCAUGGCGGCCCCGGGGGAGAAGGUUGAGCUCCAGUUCAAUAAGUUCAACUUGAGAGGCACGCCGCCUGACGGAUCAACUCUCGGAAUGAACCCGUCGUGCAGCCACGAGUACCUGGACAUCUACACGGAAAUUAAGGACCCUAAGAAGGUGGACCUCCUGACGACGCCGUUUGGAGGUCGGUACUGUGGCGGUAUCUCACCUAGGCUGCGUGUCUCUCUCUAUACCACCAUCGUCAUCAGCUUCUACACCGACCUCUUGAACACCACGUCUGAACUCUUCAUCGGCAAAUACAAGUUCUUCAACGAUUCCAAGUACAUGGUGGGUGACCUGGUGCCGGAUACACUCUGCGGCUACGUCAUCCACUCUGACCUGAAGAAGAAUGGCCAGUUCAUGACCCUCACUUACCCUGGCGCCUAUCCCAAGAACAUCACCUGUUACUACAAGUUCAUAGGUCGUAGGGAACAGCGGAUCAGACUCGAAUUUAGGGAUUUUGAUCUCUUCUAUGGCGGCCCUCACUGUCCGUUCGACCAGGUGAAGAUGUAUGAUGGGCCAAACUACAUAGCUCCGCUGAUUGGAACUUACUGUGGCCAACAAAGAAACUUGGUAAUUUUCAGCACGGGUAGCACACUACUUCUUACCUUCACGACCCUCGAACGCAUCGCCGACACUCAAAAUAGGGGGUUCCAGGGGAUAUUCAACUUUUCUGAGAGUUAUGUCAAAUUAGAUUUCAUCAACACUUUGGACUCAGAGCACAUCAGAGGGACAGAGUGUGACCAACGUAUCUUGAGCAAGAGAGAAUCCAAUGGCACUGUCUAUAGUCCCAACUAUCCCUUCCCAUACCUGCCUAAUAUUGUUUGUAGGUACUUCAUCUAUGGCCUCCAAGAUGCUCAGAAUUUGGAGAGAGUUAGACUUCAGUUCUUCGAUAGAUUUGAUAUACCGGCAGAUCUGAAAGGUGAUAAAAACUGCUCUGACGGCUAUCUUAGAAUAUACUUGAAGGGGCAGGAAACAGAGAAUGCCUAUGACAGUCCUGACUAUGAGGUGUGUGGGAAGACUUUACCUCAGACCGUGGUCUCUACUGGUCCAAGGCUUGUCAUGGUGUUUAGUUCGGGAAAGUUUCAGGGUGGAGGAUUUAAAGCCCAUUAUAAAUUUGAAACAGAAUACAAGAUCCCAGGCACACCAUCUCCAGACGGAAAAUGUAUUUUCACUUACUAUAGCUCAAGCCGCAAAGAUGGGAUUUUCAACUCUCCCCGGCACCCUGCCAACUACCCGUCCAAUACUACGUGCGAAUUCACUUUUCAGGCCAACCCCGAUGAACAAGUUCGGCUGUCAUUUUCUCCAUUUGAACUCAAAAGUGAGAAAAAUAACCUAACAUAUGGAAACCAUUGUCAAGAAGACUGGGUGGAAAUUUAUAAUGUGUACAAACCAGUUGGGUCUGAUAUAGAACGUGAAAGGCUCAAUGGUAGGUACUGUGGCAUGGCAGCCCCUGGCCCUAUAGAGAGUGAACUUGAGGCAGUGGGUCUACGUGUUGUGCUAAGAACUGACCAUGGAAAUGUCUCAAGUGGUUUUGGAGCAAGAUAUCAGUUUAAAAAGAAGGAAAUGCUCUUUAGAGACUGUGGUGGAAACAUUACCAAUGAAGAGUAUGGAAUUAUACAUUCACCACACUGGCCAAAGAAAUAUGAUGGUCCAGACCCUGACCGUAAGGGAGGAGCAUUUUCUUGUACCUGGUUUAUUCACGUUCGGCCGUACCACAAAAUUUUACUCUGGCUUCAGUCAUUUUCUGUUGAAGGAAACCCAGCAGAGAGAGGAUGUCCAGCAGCUGUCGUUCGAGUGUGGCCAGAUCUGGAUAAAGUACCAAUCGAGUUGUGUGGUGAAGGGCUGAGCGACGAUGCAUCUAUAAUAAUCUCAAAAUCUUCAUUAAUGAGGGUGGCCUUUUUAACUGCUGAUAGAGCAGUGGGAGCAAAGGGAUUUGAGGGCAUAUGGACAGAAAUUCAGGAUAAUUUCCUCCCUUCAGGCCCAAAAUGUGAACAGUUCCUGUGCUCCAAAAACAACUUCUGCAUAUCCAAGAAUCUUCGAUGCAAUGGAGUACCAAAUUGUGGUGUGGGUGAUCUCUCAGAUGAAGACAGUUGUGUAAAAGAUCCAGUAGUAAAUGUGUUAAUGUUGGUUGGUGUUGGCCUGGGCAUCUCCUCAGUCCUCCUCAUUGUGGUAUGCAUCUGGUGCCACCGUAAACAUGUGAAGCGGCGGGAGGAAGGCGCGCUCCCUCAUCAUGUGCACGUGUGUGAACGCGGGGCACGAUUUGCCUCAGUGGACAGUGUAGGCCACAGCGGUAUUAACGGUGAUCGCAGCUUGUCUCCAGUUCUGGGAGCUCGACAGGCUCACCACCUCAGCCGUACCUCCUUGCGUACGGAAACAGUCGUCUGAGACUACGCCCAGCACCAUCCUCCUUGUGGGCUAACGGCCUCAGGGGGUGGUGCUGAAGAAUCUCGAACACCCACACCUACUGCUUCGUCGCACCACGAGCUCCUGAUGUACUGAGCUGGGUGAAUCCAAAGGAGGGUUCUGAUACACUUCCAAUGGACCUCAAUAUCUUCAAGUCCACAUAUAUUCAAAACUAGAGACGUAUCCAGAGGUUCAUCAUACCUCAAAAUCUUGGAUUAAAAAGGUGAUAUUGUUAGCUUUUUUAACAAAUACUGCAGCAGUACAUCAGACUUAGAGAAAUAAGAAAGGAAAGUUGUAGACCUAUUACUGUUAUUGAUCUGCUAUCUUCUGUUUUGUAGUGCCAUCAUAAACACUGGAUUACAAGAGAAAAUCUUAUACCUCUAUUUUUCACAUGGAUCAACUGCUACAAUGAAAAUGCCAAGCCUCUGUUUAAAAGGCUUCUUACAGGUGCUAAAAUGAGUGGUGCGACUACCAGCUGUGGUUUAUGAUGCAAUGGCAAUCAGUAAUUUUAUUGUACCCAUACUAAGAAAAAUAUGACUUUCAUCCUUAGACACAAAGCUUAUUGAAAGUUUCCCAUGCCAUACAGUGACAGUUAGUACACUGCAAAGUUAUCUAAUUUAUACAAUGAAAAUUGGAAUGCCAACAUUCCAGUUUUUUCUCCAGAAUGGAAAGUAAACCUAACACACAAACUCCAUAAUUGGAAGCAGCAGCAGCUAGAUCCCAAUAGGAAAUGGGAGACUGCUCCUUUACGCUUUAACUUUGUUAACGGAAAAUAUUUUUUGUAAUGCUAGAUUUCUGAGUGACAAAUCAGUUGAUUGCUUUUGAACUUGUUCAUGACAAAACCCUUUAAAUCCAAUCAUAAUGGUGACAAAUAAGCAUUUAGUGAUGCUUAACUGUGUUACCUGAAGCGCAUUACCUGGUAUUAUGGUGCUCAUUUGGUUAUGAGAUCACCAAUAACACUUUAUAGACGUGUGCUCAAUAUCAGAUAGGAUAAGAGACAGUCUAGUUGUUGUGAUGUUGACAGAUUAUUUGUUCUAACCCCUUUUCUUGUUCAUAAACUGAUGUUCAGAGACCUGUUGCCCUUUUCUGCACAUCUGUUUCAUCUGUGCUUUUUGCAGUAGUGAGGCAUGGUAGUCUCCUCUUUGCUUGUAGACUCAUUAUGUAUAUUCCAUUUCAAAGAUAUGGCUUUGUGCCUCACUACUUGUUUAGAACUAGUCGGUUUCAUCAUGGGUUAUGUUAACUUUGUUUGAAAUUGGUCAUAUUAUUUUCCUGGUCUAAAUCUGUUAUCUAAAUCUCAUUUUGCAACAAUUUACCAGUUGGUAAUUCUUCAUAGAUUAAAUAUGACAUCUAGAAAAAUUACCACUGCCUUGCAAGUUGAGUCAUUCCCUGAACCCACAUGUAAACUCCAGCUAUUGGAGUUUAGACAAUACCAUUUGGACCCUGGCAGAGUCAGGUGACCAGCUCAUGGCAGAAGCUGCUGGUAUAAUUACUAUGGUCUUCCCCCUGACACGGAAUCACGUGAGCAAGGAUAACUUAUUUGAUUCCUGGCCCAGGUCUUCACAAACUUAAAGCGGGUUUAUUGGUGUAAGUGGCACAAAUGUGGACUGGCUGCUAUGUGAUGUCAACUGGAACAAUAAGUUGGACAAUAACAAUAAUUAGGAAGUGCAAUAAUAAUCUACAGCUACAAGUAGUUGUCAGGAUGUGCCAGCACAUGCAGCAGAAAAAAAUGUUUGCUAGCAUUUUUUGUACAACUUUGUUCAUGUUUUUACGUGAGUUUUGUUGCAAUAACUCCCAUACCAUAUGAAUGUUAUGACAGGAAAGAAAGGAAAUUCUUGAAAGUACAGUAGUAGAUAAAAUUCAGAUUUUAUAUGAAAUUAGUCAAACUUCUUUCAUAAAAAUUAUUAUUAUUAUUAUUAUUAUUAUUAUUAUUAUUAUUAUUAUUAUUAUUAUUAUUAUUAUUAUUAUUAUUAUUAUUAUUAUUAUUAUAAUGGGAGUUGCUCGCUUCCAAGAUUUCUUUGCAAAAUACAAUGUAUAACAUCUAAUUGUUGGGAUGAUUUAAAACAUCAAAAUAAUGUGCCCAUGGUUUUAGUAUCGUGUUUAGCGAAGAAGACAUGGAAGUUGAGUGGAGUGAUAUGGCAGAAAACAGCAAGAUUUCUUUACCUGUGGGUUUUCAAUUUCUUUGUAUAAUUUUAGCACAGCAGGCUUGAAGAUAUUUGGAGUGUUAAAAGAACUCUUAAAAGAUUAUGCUGAUUGAGUGUAUGUGUGAGUGUAUAUACAGCAACAACCAACUGCCCCAGUGUUUCCCAGCUUCAUAGCUGUGUUACACCUAUGUAAGAUACUGUAAUAAUCAGUCUGUCUCAGUAUGUCUCAUAGCAUCAAAUAAAGAAGUUUCCAGAUUUCUUUCUAAAA